AUGAAUGGGUCUAAGCGCAAGAGACAGAGACACACUGGGAAUCAGGAUCAAGCUCAGAAAGCUGCGUCAAUUGGGUGUAAGACCACCAAGCGUCGACGUGGCAAGCGAGGUGGAAAGAAAGAUAAUACCAAGGAUGUAGUACAUAGCUCGUCGAGUAAGAGUUUUGAUUCGGGUAAGUUCUCUGAUGAAGCCAUACUGAUAUCAGAUGCAAUUAGAGAUAAUGAAGACGAUUUAGGUGACAAAACUCAUAAAUUUCUUAGGCAAUUCAGGCAGAAAUUAAAUGAUUCUCUAGUAAUUGAGGUGUUGAAACUUGUACCACGUCCUGAAUUGGGUGUCAAGUUCUUCAUUUGGGCUGGUCGACAAAUUGGGUAUAGCCAUAGAGUUGGAGUUUAUCAUGCUCUGCUUGAUAGAUUGGGUUUUGAUAAGAACAGUAGAGUCCCGGAACAUUUUCUUAGAAAAAUUAGAGAGGAUGACAAAGAAAUUCUUGGUAAUUUGCUUAAUGUUUUGAUCCAAAAAUGUUGCAGAAAUGGGUUUUGGAAUGCAGCACUUGAGGAGCUCGGGAGGCUAAAGGAUUUCGGAUAUAAACCUUCAAAAUCAACAUAUAAUGCCUUAAUUCUGCUUCUCCUCAAGGCUGACCUAUUGGAUACAGCCUAUCUUGUCCAUAGGGAGAUGUCUGACUCGGGUUUUAAUAUGGAUUGGUUCACCAUGGGUUUUUUUGCUCAGUCCGACACUGUCAACACGCAUCAUGGUGCCAACAAGAAACCUCAGAUUCUUGGCUCCGCCAAAAAUCUGCUCACCAAGGACUACAGCUGCGAUCAGAAAUUCACUAUAACGACCUACUCUGAAAAUGGAUUGCUUCGUGUUUAA